CUUGUCCUGUCUGGCUGGGCACGAUGUCUCCGGACGAGGGCACCGUGUGGCUCCUGCAGCUGCUAAAGGAGGUACAACUCGAACAGUUCUACCUGAGGAUCCGUGACGACCUCAAUGUUACCCGUCUCUCGCACUUUGACUUUGUCAAGACUGUCGACCUGGAACGAAUCGGGAUGGGGCGGCCAGGACACAGACGUCUCUUUGAGGCCGUGAAGCGAAGGCGGGUGAUGGGUCGGCCAAAGUCAUGGAUGUCUAAGGUGUUCAGCACGAAGGUGGGCGACAACUACGAUCAGCCGUCGUAUGCAGGGGGGCAAAACCCCUCGGCCCCGGAGUCGGACUUUGCACUCAAGUGCCUGAUCAAUGAGAGGGACCUGGCCCUGCACGAGCACCUGGGCAAUGGCUCCUUCGGCGUGGUGAGGCGGGGAGAGUGGAGGCUGCCCAAUGGGCGUGUGCUCAACGUGGCCGUGAAGUGCCUGAGGCCGGACAUCACGAGCGAGACUGAAGCCACAGCUGACUUCCUGCAGGAGGUCAACGCCAUGUACGCCCUGAACCACCCCCACCUCAUCCACCUGUACGGGGUCAUCCUCAGUCAUCCAAUGAAAAUGGUGACGGAGCUGGCCCCCCUUGGGUCCCUGUACGACCAUCUACGCAGCCGACAUGCCGCCUUCCCCAUCCACCUGUUGUGGCUGUACGCUGUCCAGGUGUGUGAGGGCAUGGGCUACCUGGAGUCCCAUCGCUUCAUCCACCGCGACCUGGCUGCCCGCAACAUCCUGCUGGCCAGUGAGGAGCUGGCGAAAAUUGCCGACUUCGGCCUGACCCGCUCGCUCUCUGACACUGACCACUACGUGAUGCAGGCUCAUCGCAAAAUCCCCUUUGCAUGGUGUGCUCCAGAGAGCCUGAAGUCGGGAACCUUCUCUCACGCGUCUGACGUCUGGAUGUACGGGGUUUUGUUGUGGGAGCUGUUCUCCUACUGUGAGGAGCCCUGGUUGGGGAUGUACGGCCGAGAGGUAAGGGGGAUGGUGAACAACGUGGUGGGAAGAACUGGGGAGGGUGGUGUGUCAGCAAGCAGGCCGCAGCCUCCGCCGUUGCCAGGGCCCAGGGCAAAGAGCGGCGGCGGCAGGGGCCCCAAGGGGGGCCAGCGCUGGGCAGCCGAGGCCGAGGACGUGACCCCUGCUGUGGCCAAUAUGCGCCUCCGGCCAUCCCAGCCCAGGCCCAACUGCUGGUCAGUGGCCUGGACCCAGGAGCAUGAGCUGGCCGGACGCUCCCAUCGCCAGGCGGAGCCAAGGAGGGAGCCGAGGAGCAGCAGGGCCAUCGAGCAGACAGGUAGACCCCGCGGCGCCAGGGGCAAUUAUCUGGUCAGCGAGGAAGUGAGACCUGCCCAGCAGGGGUCCAAGCCCAGCCUGCAGAGCAAAGUUAGACGUGUCCAGGAGGCGGUGCAUGGGGUCACCAUAGAGGAGUGCCAGGAGGCAUUGCACAUCAGCCACCUCGAUACACAGAAGGCCAUCCAGCAUCUAAAGGUCCAACAGCUCUACAACAUGAGCCAGAUGACCCGAGAGCAAUGCCAGCAAAUCCUCCACGAAUUUAACUGGAGCCUGGAGAACGCCAGCCAGUUCCUGCUGAAGAGGAGAUUGAAAUCAUGACGAUCCCGCAAGGAACGCAGGAGGAAACUGCUUUCGGCUCCCAGCUGGAGGACGGACUUUGGAAGGACCGUCUGGGGUCGUGUCACCGCUCCGUUUUCCAGCAACCACGUGUCCGACUGGCAACAGUGUGCCCGACACAGCAGGGCUUCCCCGAAGGGAAAUCAUGACGGGCAGAAACUUGGGAAAAGUGCAGCUCAGCCCUCUGAGGGUGUCUGAAUCCAGGGCAGCCCAUGGGAUCUCUGGCUUAGAACAUGGAACCGUAUAGGACAGGAACAGACAGGCCCUUUGGCUCAGUGUUGUGGCAAGCUUAUUAAAUGUCCAAUAAACUCAUCCUGUCUGCCUACACGAUAUCUUCCCAUUCAAUGUGCCUAUUUAUCAGCAUUUUGUGUCGUGGUUAGGACAACGCUUUACAGUACCAGCAACUCGAGUUCAAUUCCCGCUGCUGACUGAGGAGUUUGUACAUUCUCCAUUUUCCUCCCACAGUCACAAGACAUACUGGGUAGAAGGUUAAUGGUCAUUGUGACCAACUGACCACUGGUUCGAGUCUCCGCCCUCGGAGGGGCCGCUGGUUCGAGUCUCCCCUCGGAGGGGCCGCUGGUUCGAGUCUCCGCCCUCGGAGGGACUGCUGGUUCGAGUCUCUGUCCUCGGAGGGGCUGCUGGUUCGAGUCUCUGUCAUCGGAGGGGCCGCUGGUUCAAGUCUCCCCUCGGAGGGACCGCUGGUUCGAGUCUCCGCCCUCGGAGGGACUGCUGGUUCGAGUCUCUGUCCUCGGAGGGACUGCUGGUUCGAGUCUCUGUCCUCGGAGGGACUGCUGGUUCGAGUCUCUGCCCUCGGAGGGGCCGCUGGUUCGAGUCUCUGUCCUCGGAGGGACCGCUGGUUCGAGUCUCUGUCCUCGGAGGGACCGCUGGUUCGAGUCUCCGCCCUCGGAGGGACUGCUGGUUCGAGUCUCUGUCCUCGGAGGGACUGCUGGUUCGAGUCUCUGUCCUCGGAGGGACUGCUGGUUCGAGUCUCUGUCAUCGGAGGGGCUGCUGGUUCAAGUCUCCCCUCGGAGGGACCGCUGGUUCGAGUCUCUGCCCUCGGAGGGACUGCUGGUUCGAGUCUCUGCCGUCGGAGGGGCCGCUGGUUCGAGUCUCCGCCCUCGGAGGGACCGCUGGUUCGAGUCUCCGUCCUCGGAGGGACCGCUGGUUCGAGUCUCUGUCCUCGGAGGGACUGCUGGUUCGAGUCUCUGUCCUCGGAGGGACUGCUGGUUCGAGUCUCUGUCCUCGGAGGGACUGCUGGUUCGAGUCUCUGUCCUCGGAGGGGCUGCUGGUUUGAGUCUCCCCUCGGAGGGACCGCUGGUUUGAGUCUCCCCUCGGAGGGACCGCUGGUUUGAGUCUCCCCUCGGAGGGACUGCUGGUUUGAGUCUCCCCUCGGAGGGACUGCUGGUUCGAGUCUCUGUCCUCGGAGGGACCACUGGUUCGAGUCUCUGUCCUCGGAGGGGCUGCUGGUUUGAGUCUCCCCUCGGAGGGACUGCUGGUUUGAGUCUCUAUCCUCGGAGGGACUGCUGGUUUGAGUCUCCCCUCGGAGGGACCUCUGGUUUGAGUCUCCCCUCGGAGGGACCGCUGGUUCGAGUCUCCCCUCGGAGGGACCGCUGGUUCGAGUCUCCCCUCGGAGGAGCUGCUGGCACUCCAUGCUCUCGGGGAUGUUAUUGAAAUUCUGAAAUUUACAGAUUGGACUGAGUUCAGACUAACUGUGGUUCAGGUUGGCCUCUUUCAGUUCGAUGUGUCUUUUCUUGUGUCCUCGCACAUUCUUUCUUGUUGGGGAUUGGCAGGCUGUGGGUUCUGUGUGAUCUGUUAGUUUUUGUGUGAGGGAGGGUUGGGGGUGUUUGGGAUUUGCGAGUUUUUGUUUCCCUUUCUUUUCGUGAGGUGGGAGAGGGGGUUGACGUCUUUCUUUCAACGACUGAUGUUCUCCAUUCCAUGGCCAAGUGGAGAAGACACAGUUCAGUGUUGUAUUCUGCUUACACACUUUGUUAAUAAAAUGAAUUCUUGAACCUUUGUAUAUUGUCCCGUGAAAAGGCUAGGAUAAAAUUGGGGAAUGCUGGGCCAGAAGGGCCCGUUCUGCGUUGUAUCUCAAUAAGUCCAGGGUAUCUGCUUCUACCUCUCCAAGCAUCCACCACUCUGUACAAAACACGUCUCGUUUGAAUUUACCCCCCUCACCUUAAUUCAUGCUGACAUUGGAGAGGGUUCAGAGGAGCAGGAAAAUGAGCCCAGGAUUGAAAGGCUUGUCAUAUGAGCAGUGAUUGAAGGCUCUGGGUCUGUGCUCACUGGAAUUCAGAAGAAUGGGGAGGGGGGUCUCAUUGAAGCCUAUUGAAUGUUGGAAGGCAUCAAUAGAGUGGAUGUGGAGAGGACGUGUCCUUUAGUGGGGGAGCCUAUGACCAGAGAGCACAGCCACAGAAUAGAGGGACAUGCAUUUGGAACGACGAUGAGGGGGAAUUUCUUUAGCCAGAGAGUGGUGAAUUUGUGGAAUUCGUUGCCACAGGUGGCUGUGGAGGCCAAGUCACUGGGUUAUGUUUAAGGCAGAGGUUGAUAGAUUAUUUCCCUAAUGCACACAUUCUCAUCCAGCCCUUUACAGUAUGGGACACCCACUCAAUAUCUGGAAAGUUAGGAUCACCUACAAUAAAAACCUGAUAUUUCUUGCAACAGUCUGCAACCUCUCUCUUCACAAAUUUGCUCCUCUAAAUCCAGUGGUCUACAAUAUAAUCCCAAUAAUGUGGUCUUAUAUUUCUUAUUCCUCGGUUCCAUCCUCCUAGCCUCAGUAAACGAGAUCUCCAGUCUGAGCUAUGACAUUUCCCAGUCUCUGCCAUUUUCCCAGACUAGUAAUCUCUCCCACUCAACUAUGUUUAAAACAAUAGAACCCUGGGACAUUGAGCUGCCAGUCCUGCCCCUCCUGCAAACAAGUCUCACUAAUGGCGACAGUGUCAGAAUCCACGUGCUGCUCCGUGCCCUGAGCUCAUCUGCCUUUCCUACAAUACUCCUUGCAUUGAAAUCGGCACAUUAGUCCCACCAUGCUCAACUUUUAGAUUCCUGAUUUUGUAUGUAGGCUUAACAACAUUUCCUCACAACCACCCCACUAUCUGCUCUGGCACUUGGGUUCCCAUCCCCCUGCAAACCCCCCUGUGCAGCUCUAGCAAAGCUUCCCGCUAUGGUAUUAGCCCCCCCCCCGCCCCCCAGUUCUGGAGCAAACCAGCCCUUCUGUACGGAUCCUACCUUUCCUGGAAGAGAUCCCAGUGAUCCAAAAAUCUGAAGCCCUCCCUCCCUGCACCAUCUCAUUAGCCACGUGUUAAACUGUAUGAUCUUCUUACUUCUGGCCUUGCUAGCACAUGGCACAAAUUACGACCCUGGAGGUUCUGUCCUUUAACUUAGUACCUAGCUUCCUGAACUCACCUCACCCAUCCUACCCAUGUCAUCGGUACCAUGACCUCUGGUUGCUCACUCUACCACUUAAUCUGAGUCGUUCCUGACCCUGGCACCCGGGAGACAGCGUAAUAUCCAGGAAUCUUGUUCUCAUCCAUGGAACCUCCUGCCUGUACCUUUAACCGAUUAAUCCCUCUCUCUUCUCCACCCCUUCCCUCUGAGCCAGAUGCAGGGUCAGAGGCCUGACCACCGUGCUUUCCUCUGCAAGGCCAUCCACCACAACAGGAUCCAAAAUUGUGUGCCUGCUGUUGAGGUGAACAACCACAGGGGUACUCUGCACUGGCUGCCUAUCCCCUUUCCCCCUCUUGACAGCCAUCCAGUUCCCUGUGUCCUGCACCUGUGGUGUAACUACCCCUCUGUAUGUCCUAUCAAUCUGUCAGCCUCCCAAUGAUUCAGAGUUCAUCCAGUUCCAGCUCCAACUCCUUAACAGGGUCCAUGAUACAAAUAUCUCAACUCAAGUCAACAGCAUUGUUAAGUGGUGAGAGCACUUGUGGGUGGACAGGAUGACGAGGUCCUGCAAAGCGAGUUAGAAGCUGCACUUCGUGAAGGUGAAGUCGUCGGGGACACUGGACUCCCCCAUCUCGUACGAGGAGCAUUCCGUUACCUUGCCUGGCAUUGCCGCUGCUCUAAAUGUGCAAUAAGAAAGACUAAAGAAAAACUAAACAAAUUAAAUCUACCUACGGCCUUUGCCUCACUUGCGUCAUCGCUGGACUAAACAGUUCCAAGCAGUCCUGCACACUACAAAAAGACGAGGAUCUGCAGAUGCUGCAAAUCCAGAGCAACACCCACAAAACGCUGGAGGAUCUCAGCAGCUCAGGCAGCGUCUGUGGAGAGAGAUUAUUUCUGGCUGAGACCCUUCGUCAGGACAGUGUUAGAUUAUAAGGAGUAUUUUUUAAGAAGGGAGAGAGGGAGAGAUAUAGAGAAAUUUAAGGAGGGUGUUUCGGUAGUCUUGUAGAUCUAUCUAUCUACCUUAAUAAUCCACAACACUAGAGGCAGGAAGCAUGUUCCCGAUGUUGGGGGAGUCCAGAACCAGAGGCCACAGUUUAAGAAUAGAGGGUAGGCCAUUUAGAAUGUUCAGGAAAAACUUUUUCACCCAGAGAGUUGUGGAUCUGUGGAAUGCUCUGCCUCAGAAGGCAGUAGAGGCCAAUUCUCUGGAUGCUUUCAAGAAAGUGUUAGAUAGAGCUCUUAAAGAUAGUGGAGUCAAGGGAUAUGGGGAGAAGACAGGAACGGGGUACUGAUUGUGAAUGAUCAGCCAUGAUCACAUUGAAUGGAGUUGCUGGCUUGAAGGGCCGAAUGGCCUACUCCUGUACCUAUUGUCUACUGGCCCAUAGCUCUGUAGAUCUCUUCUAUCCAUGUUCUGGUCCAUGCCGACUCCUGUCCAGUGCACUGGCCCCACCAGCCCAUGGACCUCUAGACCUCUCCUAUCCAUAUUGGCUCCCCUUCCCAGUGAACUGCUCCUGCCUUGGUGCGUUUGGCCUAUGGACCUCUAGAUCUCUCCUAUUCAUGUAUCUAUCGUUUUUUUAAAGUUGCUGAUGUUCCUGCCUCAACUGCCACCUCUAGUAGAUCAAUCCACACAAUUGUGUGGAUUGAAGCUGCUCCUGAUGUUCCUUUUAAAUCUCUCCCCUCUGAUCUGGAACUGAUCAACGAGAAAGGAAGGUGCUGAAGGUGUGGACAGACAGCUCAAAGGGUGACGUUGUUCUAUAGAAGAAACCAGUUGGAUUCCUUGACAUGGAAUUCACCGGCAAGGCCCCAGUCCCCGAAGGUGAAGGCGUGUAUCUGCAGUACAACCUUGAAGGGAACCUGUUCACGUGAGACGUUGAUCCAGUUUGGGUCCGCAGUUUAACCCUUUAGGUCCCAGCAACUGGUGAGUACCCUCUCCUUCCUUGAGGUGUAGUCUGCCCAUCAGACAGAAUAAGAGAAAGGCAACCCUGCCUGUUUGUACAGUAACCUUCCAACUCUCUGCGGUCUGACUGUUCAGUGUCUGGAUCAGCUGGUGAUGCUUGACAUUCUCCCCACUCACUGGGGCACAGUCUGUGUGUGUGUGUGAGAGAGAGAGGGUGGAUGCAGGUAUGUGUGAUGCAUGUAUUAAAGUGCAAAGCAUUGUGUAUGACAGGUUGUGUGAGAAUGUCUUAGUGUCCAAUGACAUGUGGAUGAGUUUAUGAAUCUGUGCCCAAUCAUGAUGGUCUCUCCAUGACCAUGAUUGUUCUUGGCAAAUGUUUCUACAGUUUGCCAUUGCCUCCUUCUGGGCAGUGUCUUUACAAGACGGGUGACCCCACACAUUAUCAACACUCUUCAGAGAUUGUCUGCCUGGCGCCAGUGGUCCCAUAACCAGGACUUGUGAUCUGCACCGGCCGCUCAGGUGACCAUCCACCACCUGCUCUCAUGGCUUCACGUGUCCCUGAUCCAGGGGGCUAAGCAGGUGCUACACCUUGUCCAAGAGUGACCUGCAGGCCAGUAGAGAGAAGGAGCACCUUACAUCUCCUUUAGUAGAGAUGUAUCUCCACCUUGCCAUCUUACAGAGCUGGACAAAACCAUGGGUGGUAUAGACAGGAUCAAUGCACCCAGUCUUUUUCCCCAAGUAAUGAAGAACUAGAGGGCACUAAUUUAAUGUGAGAGCAACUUUUUCACCCAGUAUAUGGAUCGACCAGCCAGAGGAUAUGGUUGAAGUUAAUAAUGUUUAAAAAACACUUGGACAGGUACGUGGAUUGGAAUGGUUUAGUGGGGCAUUAUGCAACUGGUCUAGAUGGGCAUCUUUGUCAGCAGGGACCAGUUGUAUAACUCUGAGAGGAGUGACUCGGAAUCUAAUCUGGAGCACUGUGUGCAGUUCUGUUACCACAGGAAGGAAUUGAUUCAGGUAGGGAGGGUGCAGAAGAUUUUUCUUGAGGAUGUCACCAGUUCUAGAAGGCUUAGAAGGAGAGACUGAAUAAGCUGGGUCUGUUUUCCCUGGAGUGCAGGAGGCCGAGGGUUGACUUUAUGGUUGUUUACAGAAUAAGGUUAUAGAUAGUACAGUCACCAUCUUUUUCCCAAGGGCUAUGGGAUGAGGCAUCUUGCAUGAAACAGUUAGGCCGAUGGAGCUGUUCCAAGCUGUAUGUCACUGACUAUGAAUUUUCUGUAUUGCUAUUAGUAGAAAAACCUUGGAGGAAAUAAAUGUCAAGAACAUUCAAUAAUGAAUUAUUUAUUAUUCAAUGAUUUAAAUGUCGAGAAUGAUGCAAUGAGGAUAAUGUUGGCGUUCCCAUGGGCAGUGGGAAAAUGUGUGGACAUGUGGAACAUCCAAUACCGUGAGUGGAGAGGGUGGGCAUAGUCAGAGUCCAUGCCCACUGCCAGCUUGAUCCACUGGCAAAGGGGUUCGAACGAUAACUGUGAGCUGCUUGGAACCCCAAUAUCACGCCUUAUCUGGAGUCGAAUGUCAAUGGCAAGUCGUUGUCCGGUGGAGAGGCUCAAACAAAGCUCAGAAAUUUGGAAUAUUGAGCUUAAGACGUUCCUCUUGACCCACGGCGUUGGCCACUGCUCCACUCAACGGAAUCAGCCCAAUUUUGAAAAUGUGGACGGUUGGGGUCAGAGGAAAGCCUGAUUGGGAAUGUGGAGAGGGAUCUGUAGAAGAUGGGAGAUUCACUUGGACAGGGUGCGACAGUGAGUGCUCAUCAUCUCCCCUCCUGCCCAUGGUCUAAAGGUCCACACAAGAGGUUCUGCCGAUGUUGGAAAUCCAGAGCAACAUGCAAAAUGCUGGAGGAACUCAGCAGGCCAGGCAGCGGGUACCUGCCGAGCACCUGCAGCAUCUUGUAUGCGUUGUCCAUGGUCUAUUGGCUGGGGAGAGCUACCAAGCCCCUAGCUGCAUUCUGCUCAUCGAUUCCCCUUCUGGAACAUUCUUACCCUCUCCCCCCCUUGGGUCAAUUCAUCUCUUUAGCUUUUCAUUUAUCCUGGAGAGCCAAUUCUGUCCCCUCCUUUCUCUGCCCCCUCCAUAUCCCUUCAUCUCUUCCUCUUCUCUUCCCUCCCCCCCGACCAGCCUCGUCCACUUCCACACUCCCCUCUCCCUUUCUCCCCUUACCCACACUUCCUCCUCCCUCCCCACAUUCCUCCUUUCUCUGUCCCUCUUCCCCACUCCCAAAGCCCUCUUUCCCCCACAUUCUCCCCUCCCUCUCUCACAUGCCCCCUCGUCUGCCUUCCUCCUGUCACACACUCUCCCCAAGAUCCCAAAACUCACUCCCCAUGGCCCUUCCUCCCCCUCACUCCCAAACAUGUCUCCCCACAACCUCCACUCCCUCCCCUCUCCCAAAUCCUUCCCUCUCUCCUACACCCUAAAAUCCCUCCCUACUGCUGCCUAAACCCUUUCUCCUCUCCCAAACUCUCCCUCUCACUUCCCCUCCAACUCCUCCUUCGCCCCUCUACCCACCCACUCCCUUCCUCUCUAACUCCCUCCCCCACCAAGUUCUCCCUCCCCUUUCAAACCACAGAGCUAGAACAGGCUGUUGGAAAGGUGCAGGCUUGGGCCUUAACCAGUGUGUUAUGUGCGGGGUGACCAGUAUUCUGAUGAUAGACUGCAGGGUGGGGAAAUGAGGUGUGGGGGGUGUAAAGUCACAAAUGAAAACUGACAAGAAAUGUUCUCCUCAGGAAGUGGGGAAAAAGUCACCAUAAUUGGUGAUCCUGUAGUAAAUGAGGGAUUUCAUGCUUCAUUUAAUUUGGCUCUUACAACAUAAAGGAGGAUAUUCAGCCCAUUGAGUCUGUGCUGGCCCUUAUCAAUCAGAUUCAACGCUGAUUUCUCUGUAAUCAGUCUCCCACUUUCUAUCUACACCUCGGGGGACAAUUAACUGAACACUCCCCCCUUGCACACUGUUGGGAUGAGGGAAGAAAAGGGAGCUCGCGGGGGUCAGAGAGAGGAUGUACAAACCACACACACACACUCUCUCUCUCUCUCUCUCUCAUGCACACAGUGGCAGGGGUUAGGAUCAAACCGGGGUCUCUGAGGCAAUGGUGGCAGACGCUAUGUCAGGAUUGAUCAGGGGUUCAUCCCUGGGAUGGACCUCAAGGGUUCAGAGUGGAGAUAGUUCAUGCCUCCUCACACACGGAGGGAAGGCCCACUGCUCACUGGGAGUCCCUUCCCACUCCAGCUCUGUGUACCAAGACGUCAUCUGUGUCCACCAAACACUGGAGCUGGACCGAGGAGAGAGAGGCUCCGACUUUGGAGUUUAACUCUCAGCAGGACAAAGGCCGUCCCCACCCCUCAGAAGAGGGUGAUUCAGGGCAGAGUUGCAAAACAGCGGAUUCAAUGUGGAGCUUCAAAGUGCACUGCGGGAAUUCAACCCUGCACUGUCCACACUACUAAACAAAUAGUGACUGUGUGAGUAACCCUCGCACUGCCAGAGACUGUACAGUAAUCAACCCUCACACUGCCCACACUACUGAACAAAUAGCGAUUCUGUGUGAGUAACCCUCGCACUGCCAGAUAGACUGUACAGUGACAGUGACUCACCCUCACAUUGCCCAAUAGACUGUACAGUAAUUAACCCUAGCACUGCCAGAUAGGCUGUAGAGUAAUUAACCCUCACACUGCCCAAUAAACCGCCCAGUAAUUGACCCUUAUAGGACCCAAUGAACUGACCGUACAGUGACAGUGAUUAACGCUUACACUGCACAGUAAUCUACAGGGAUCAACCCUUACACUGUCCAAUGUUCCGUGAUUAA